AAAAGAACAGAAGUAAUAUAUUAAAAAAAAAAGAAAAAUGAAAAAAAAAUGAUAAAUAGAAUGAAAUAUCUCCAUCAACCACCAACUUAACAGUCCUUGAUAUCUCGACAUUAAUGAGAUGGAUCUUGUAGAGGAGAGACCUAUGCUGAAGCCUGACAUAUUUUAUACCACAUAUCAACAUAGCACAAAUUCAGUUUGGCUUGAAUAUGAAAAUAUGAUCCUAACAUUCCCAACUCUAUAAAGUUGGUAAUGACAAGUUUCACAACACAGGAGGCAAUAUCAGUGAGUUGUGUUACGUGUACAGUGAGUGAGAAGUGAGAAGUGAGAAGUGAGAAGUGAGAAGUGAGAAGUGAGAAGUUAGCAGUUGAAAUGGGUAGUAGAGAAAUCAGGUCGGCUGAAGAUCAAGUCCUUGGAACAUCCACUCCUACCGACACGGCUAAGAGAAUAAAGCUUGGAAUGUAUUUCAUUGAGUCCGAUGAUAGGCGUAGAGCACUUGGUGGAGGUUAUACUGUAGGGAGUACUCCAGUUAACAUUCACAAGAAACCAAUGUCUGAAGCUGAUCUCUCCAAGACUGGUGGUUGGAUUUCGGCAUUUUUCAUCUUUGGUAACGAGAUGGCUGAGAGAAUGGCAUACUUUGGUCUAUCAGUCAACAUGGUUGCUUUUAUGUUCUAUGUUAUGCAUCGUCCCUUCUCCAGUUCCGCCAACGCCGUUAAUAAUUUCCUGGGAAUAUCACAAGUUUCGUCUGUGCUCGGUGGCUUUCUAGCUGAUGCCUAUCUUGGUCGAUAUUGGACUAUUGCAAUUUUUACGACCAUCUAUCUUGUGGGGUUGACAGGGAUAACAUUAUGUGCAACAAUGAAAAUGUUUUUGCCAAACCAAGAACAAUGUGAUCAGAUAGCACUCCUUCUAGGAAACUGCGAGCCUGCAAAGCCAUGGCAGUUGCUUUACCUCAACACAGUUCUCUAUAUAACAGGGUUUGGAGCAGCAGGCAUAAGACCGUGUGUCUCUUCAUUCGGAGCCGAUCAAUUUGAUGAAAGGAGUAGAGACUACAAGGCUCACCUGGAUAAAUUUUUCAACGUGUUCUACCUGUCUGUCACUGUUGGGGCUAUCAUAGCAUUCACUGCAGUUGUCUAUAUACAAAUGCAACAUGGAUGGGGAGCCGCAUUUGGUUCGUUAGCUUUGGGAAUGGGCAUUUCUAACGUGCUUUUCUUUAUCGGGACUCCUGCUUACCGGCAUAGGUUGCCUGGGGGUAGCCCUUUGACACGUAUUGCACAAGUCUUGGUUGCAGCCUUCCGAAAAAGAAAUGCUUCAUUUUCCAGCAGUGAGAUGGUUGGCCUGUAUGAGCUUGCAGGAAAAAGAUCUGCUAUUAAAGGUAGUGCAAAAAUUGCUCACACUGAUGAUUUCAGGUGUUUGGACAAAGCAGCCCUAAAGUUGCCGGAAGAUGGCCUAGAUCCAAACCCUUGGAAACUUUGCACAGUUACCCAAGUGGAGGAAGUCAAAAUACUGCUAAAACUCCUGCCUAUACCAGCCAGCACCAUUAUGCUGAGUGUCAUUUUAACUGAGUUCUUGACUCUGUCCGUCCAACAAGCAUACACUUUAAAUACCCACAUAGGUCAUCUCAAAGUACCGGUGACAUGCAUGCCUGUGUUUCCUGCCCUAAGCAUAUUCUUUGUGCUCUCCCUUUAUUACUACAUAUUUGUCCCAAUAUCAAGACGCAUUACAGGACAUCCUCAUGGAGCCUCUCAGCUUCAAAGGGUUGGCAUCGGUUUGGGAAUCUCUAUCCUCUCAGUGGCAUGGGCUGGUGUAUUUGAGAGGUUCAGGAGAAAUUAUGCCAUAACACAUGGUUAUCAGGCUAGCUUUCUCUCCCCGAUGCCGGAUCUGAGUGCUUUCUGGCUGCUAAUACAGUACUGCCUCAUCGGAAUAGCUGAAGUUUUCUGCAUCGUGGGAUUGCUGGAGUUCUUAUAUGAGGAGGCUCCUGAUGCCAUGAGAAGCAUAGGAUCUGCUUAUGCAGCAGUUGCAGGGGGUUUGGGUUGCUUUGCAGCAACCAUCUUGAACAAUAUUAUUAAAUCUGCCACCGCAGAUAACGAGCACAGGAACCAUUCUUGGUUAUCCCAAAAUAUCAACACUGGAAGAUUUGAUUAUUUAUACUGGCUUCUUACGGGUUUCAGUAUCAUCAAUUUCUGUGGCUUCCUCUAUGCAGCCUGCAGAUACAAAUACAGAACAGUCCAAGCGGGACAAUAAUAGAUGACAUGAGCAUCCUACUCAACCCUAUAUCUGCAACGACUUUAUUUUUUUGUUCAAUCAGAUUGGUUUACCAGUGAAAUUUUGAAUUAUUUAAUCCUGAUAUUAUUAUACUGCAUUUCUGCAGCCUUUGAACAAAACAUCAAACAGGUGCAUCCCUAGUUACACCAAUAAAAUUACAAAUGAAGAACA